GGGGCGUUUUUCCUCUCAAACACCGGAAGUGGGCUGGAUGACAUUUAGAGCAGGACAGAGCCAUGUGAAAGCACCGAUAGACUACAGAAUUACUAAAUUUGGACCUGUUAUUUUAUUUUAUCUUUAUAUAGUAAGCAAAAUAUCGAAAUGGCAUCGUGGUGUCGUCGACUUCUUCAGAGAGGAAGUCGUCUGAUUUAUCUCCGGGCGGCAGCGGAAAGCCCUAUCCAAACAACAGGUUGUGUUCGGACUCUCCGGACGACAACAUGGUUUGAAGAGCACCUCACAGAGGAGAACCAGCAAUUCAUGAGGAGGGAAAUGGCUGUUGAAUACAGGCAACAGACUGCUGACAAGCUUAACCCACUAAAAGAUGAACCCUGGCAGCGACACGAUUGGACAGAAGGAAGCAGAAGAGUUGGGUUGGUAGCUGUGAAGUUGGGGAUGGCUCCUCUCUGGACAAAAACAGGGGAAAGACAUGUCGUCACUAUGCUGCAGGUCCAGGAUUGCCAUGUAAUAAAGCACCUGUCUAAAGAAGAGCAUGACGGACGCUCAGCUGCUCUAAUUGUUGGUGGAAAAAAUGCAUCGCCUUUCUAUAAAUCAAAAAAGGAAAUGGAGAUGUUCAGGAACGCGGGAGUUCCUCCAAAACAGAAAAUCACCUUCUUUCCAGUCUCAGACAAUGCCAUCAUUAAACCAGGCACUCCGCUUUAUGCUGCACAUUUCCGUCCAGGCCAGUAUGUGGACGUCACAGCCAAAUCUAUUGGCAAAGGCUUUCAGGGCGUAAUGAAGCGCUGGGGAUUCAAAGGUCAGCCAGCAAGUCAUGGACAAACCAAAACGCAUCGCAGACCUGGAGCUUCUGGACCUGGAGGCGAUCCAGGCAAAGUUUUCAAAGGGAAGAAGAUGCCAGGCAGAAUGGGCAACACUUACGUCACAGCGCAUGGACUCAAGGUGUGGCGUGUCAAUACCAAGCACAAUGUGCUGUAUGUUCACGGCUCGGUCCCCGGCCACAGGAACUGCUUACUGAAGGUGAGGGAUACCGGACUUCCGACCAGGUCAUCCACCCUCCACAACCCACCUUUCCCCACCUUCUUCACAGAGGAAGAAUGUGACCUUGAUGAAGACCUCUACGACGACGACAUGUUCAUUCACACAGAAGCGUCAUUAUCUCUCACCUGAUGACACACACUUCCUGUUCAUGGGAUUGUGAACCUGCAAUAAAGCGUAAUUCAGUUAAACCUCA